GGUUGUAUCGGACAGCAGAGCAGGCUCGCUCCACGGAUUUGGAUCUCCUCGUCUGCUGGAGAGAGCACAGACCCGCAGACUGAAAUGAAAGAGGGAAAAGCAUGGUGCCUUCGGCUAGUUCUCCUCGUCUUCGUCUUUGUCGCAUACUACUGUUCCAAUGCCCUAUUUCAGAGUUACGUUGGCACGAGCACGCAUCUGAACAGUAGCAAAACACUGUGUGGCGACUGGGUAACCCAAAAGAAGUGGGAGAGCCUUAACUUGAACAUUGGCAGGCGGACGCAGCUCUUUCUGAAAUUGGAUGAUUUCUUCUGGCGGGAGCAUCUUUCAAAGCUGGCAUUACCUUAUGGAAUUAAGGGCAGUGAGCUGCUGCUAACGAAAGUUCUCGCUGUAACUGCAAGUUACGAGAUGCCAGACAACAUUGAAAAGCUCGAAUGCAGGACCUGUGCAGUCAUAGGAAAUGGCUUUGCCAUUAAAAACAGCUCACUGGGGAGCGUCAUCAACAAAUAUGACGUGGUCAUUCGGCUUAAUAAUGCCCCAGUGAAAGACUAUGAGGAGGAUGUCGGGAACAAGACCACCAUGAGGUUCUUCUACCCUGAAUCAGCCUCCUACGAUCCAGGACUGCACAACGAGCCUGACACACUCAUGGUCCUGGUGCCUUUCAAACAGCAAGAUCUGCGGUGGCUCAAAGAAAUCCUCUAUAAUGAGAAGAGGGUCAGGAAAGGCUUUUGGAAGCCACCGCCCCAAAUGUGGUUGGGUGACUUCGGUAAAAUCAGAGUGCUGGACCCCCACUUUCUGCAGAAGACUGCAGAGGACCUGCUUCAGAUUCCUCUGUACCCCAAAGGUAAACAGAUGCCAGUGCAUCCUACCACGGGCAUCCUCGCUGUGUUUGUCGCUCUCAACUACUGUGACGUGGUGCACAUUGCUGGUUUUGGUUACCCUAAAUCAAAUACCCAAAGGCAACCCAUUCAUUACUAUGGACGUGACACCAUGAAGUCUAUGAAGAAUUCUUACCAUGACCUUAAUCAUGAAGCUGAGGCCUUAAAAAGACUGGAGGAUUCAGGAGCCAUUUUGUACCUGCACCCACAUUCAUGAUAUACACACAAACACACAAUGAUAAAACACCAAAUGGAUUAUGCAUUUAGUUUGCAUCGUUUUAUUUAAACUGAAUCCAAUUGUGCCUUCUGCUGAGGGAUACAAGACUUAAUGCUGCUGCACUGUAAUAAAGUGGGCCAGUUGUUUACGCUAAAGUAUGUCCACCAAACAUGCUUGUUUAGGCUACUGAUAGAUUCAGAUUGUAAUUGUUAGAAAUACUUUUGUUGUUUGACCAGAAUCCACCAAUAUCCAUUGACACAAACGAUGAUUUUACACUGCGUCACUCGUUUUGUUUGCCUUGCUGCGUGGAUGGACCUGAGCACGUGUCACUGAACGCCACACAGUAACGUCUGAUUACAAUGGAUCAUGAUCAAUUCUAGUACUUAUACAUGUUGGUGUUAGGGCCCAUGUGACAGUAUGGACCAAUUGCUGUAUAGUUACAUAUGGCACAUCUCACAUUAAUCAAGACAAUUGACAAUUUGUGUAAUUAUCAAGUGAUACAUACUGUAUUGAAUCUUUUUUUUGCUGAGUUGGAAUCAAUGGGGAUACUGUGUGAACUCUCUUUGCGCACACAUUAAUUUAAGAAGUGAAAUGAAAAUGAAAACCUGGUCAAAUUUGAUUCACGAGUGAAUGAAAUUCAUGUGAAUUUAAAACGUCUUCAGACUGGAAAUACAAGUUGUAUUUUUUACAAUUGUUAGAUGAGAUAAUUUUUUAUUUAUUAUAUUUGUUUUUUUAAAAGGAAGUUUCAUUAAAAUGGGGGAAAACAA